AUGGGGCUGAGCCCCCCCUUUCCCCCCAGGAUCAUCCGGGGGUUGAUGCAGCACGUCAAGAGGCUCUAUGGGAUCCGCAUGGAGGUCAGGGGGACCCACAACUUCCCCCCACGGCAGCCCUACGUGGUGGUCAGCAACCACCAGAGCUCGCUGGACCUGCUGGGGAUGAUGGAGGUGCUCCCAGACCGCUGUGUCCCCAUUGCCAAGCGGGAGCUGCUCUACAUGGGGGGUUAUGGGGCAGUUAUGGGGGGGUGUCUCUAUGGGGCAGCCCCUGACCCACACGCCCCCCCAGGGCAGUGUGUGAUCCAGGUGCUGCCGCCGCUGCCCACGCUGGGGCUGGGCCCGGCCGAUGUCCCCGCGCUGACGGAGCGCGUGCGGGCGGCCAUGCUGGACGCCUUCGAGGGGCUCUCGGCCGAGCUGCAGAGUGGCCACCAGAGUGACCACAGAGAGACCCGGAGUGACCCCCGGAGUGACCACCAGAGUGACCACAGAAAUGGCCGGAGUGGCCACCAGAGUGACCCCCGGAGUGACCCCCAGGACCCCCGGAGUGACCACCGUGACCCCCAGAGCGUCUGGGAUCUCUGGAGCGACCCCCAGCGUCCGGCAGUGACCAAGAGUGACCCCCUGAGCCCCACGGCCACCCAGAGUGAC